CGGAGCUGCGAGGAUGCUGAGAGAGAUGCUCUGAUCUUCCCCCGUGAGCGCGCUCGCGCCCGGCGGUGCAGAGAUGCGCAUGUGACGACGAAAACGGAGACGCAGUUUCUCUCUUUCACACUCUGCCACCAAGGCACACAGAAGAUCUCCCCCCUCAGUGGACAUUUGCACAUCGAUCAGAUCUGCAUACACCAGGUCUGCUCGGAUUUAACCUCGCGGAGUGCCGGCUCUGGCCCAGGCUGCAGCCAUGCCUCUCCUGGAAGAGACCACUCUGCCACAAGAGCAUCCACCCACCGUCCCUGUGGUCAUCAUAGGCAACGGGCCAUCGGGUAUUUGUUUGUCCUACCUGCUGAGUGGAUACAAGCCGUACUUAGACCCAGCAACUGUCCACCCAAACCCAAUAUUAUACAGGAAACUACAGGACACCAAGCAUCUACCCAUUACCGAACAGGAUCUGGAAUAUCUGAGUGAAGGUCUUGAAGGGAGGUCAAGUAAUCCGGUGGCUGUGCUUUUCGACACACUCCUGCAUCCUAAUGCUGACUUUGGCUACAAAUUCCCUUCUGUCCUUCAGUGGAGGAGGGACAAGCAGCAACACAUCCCACAUCUGGUUCUGGGCAGGGGAACACCUGGGGGUGCUUGGCAUGCAAUGGAAGGCUCCAUGCUGACUAUUAGUCUUGGCAUCUGGAUGGAGCUCCCCGGGGUCAACUACAAAGACUUGACCAAUGGGAAACGCAGGGAUGUAACCAGUGACAGAGCCACACCAGAGGAGAUCUCAUCCUAUUACUGUAACUAUGUAAAGCUAAAGGGUCUUCAAAAGAACUUUGUUGACAACACCUACGUGACCUCCAUCCAGAAACUCUACCGGGGGCAUGAUGGAAAAGGUCUUGAAAACGGUCACACUCAUCAAGGAGAUGGAGGGGUGGGAGAUGGAGUGAAUGAGAGCUUUGAGGGAAAUGGAAAAGUGUGCGUAAUGAGUGGAGGAGGGGGGGCUCUCUGGGAAGUAAGGGGAUACCAGCAGGUGCAGAACGACACUCACGUCCCUUUCUGCCUGUUUGCUGAAAAUGUAGUCCUGGCCACCGGUGCUUCCGACUCACCAGUUCGACUGGGAGUAGAGGGGGAGGAUCUGCCUUUUGUGUUCCACAGUAUCUCAGAUCUAGGCUUGGCAGUUAGCCAGAGGAAACUGGAUAAGAACUCCGAUCCCGUUCUAAUCGUGGGUGCUGGUUUAAGCGCUGCCGAUGCAGUUCUGUGUGCUUGCAACAGCAACAUUCGAGUGUUGCAUGUUUUUCGCAAGAGAAUUGACGACUCAGACCUAAUCUUUAAGCAGCUUCCCAAGACACUGUACCCAGAGUACCACAAAGUCUACAACAUGAUGUGCUCUCAGGCUUACACAAACGUGGCUCCCUCUUCUGUUUCUAACAGACCCCAGGCAGUUAGUAUUGCCUCUUCAGUAUGUGCCAAGAUGUGCCCAAAGCCUCAGCUUGCUGCGGGUAAUGUGGCUGGUAACGCUAGUAUUAACCUGUUUCCUGACUACACCAGUUUCCCCGAACACUGUGUGGUGUCCUUCCAGUCUGACAUGAAGUGUUUGCUGCAGGGAAACAACUCCCUCAAGGCAUUCAAGAUCUCCAUGGUCCUGGUUCUGAUUGGGACCAACCCAGACUUAUUUUUCUUGAAGGGGCAAGGCCAGUACCUGGGUCAGGAUCCAACAAGACCCAUCUCCUGCAAGCAAAAUCCAAUAGAUAUCGACCCCUACACUUUCGAGUGCACCAAGGAGCCAGGUCUGUUUGCCAUGGGCCCACUGGUGGGAGACAACUUUGUUCGCUUUUUGAAGGGUGGCGCGUUAGGCAUUGCCUCCUGUCUGCUGAAGAGACUCAAGAAGAAAGGGAAGCUCAUCAGCAACGGAGGAAACAACAUAAUGUGAAAACACGAUGAGGAAAAGAGUUUGACACGUUGAUCUUAGGGCACACAUUUCAAACCCUUUUACCAUGAUAUAAAAGGUGAGGAGAAACUUUUAAUAUAUUUUCUUCAUUAAUGCAGUGUUUUCUCAUCAAAGCUAAAGCAUUUUUACAACUUUUUAAGACCAAAAAAGACAAUGGUUGUACUUUAAUUUGUUUCUAACGAAACAAAAGACAACUUUCAAGAGUCUUGUCUGACUUCAUGUGAAGUCCCCAUAUGUCCAAGCUACUGUGUGCCAACGUUUUCUAGUCAGUCUGUAACCUCAUAACUGAACAGGACCUUACACUCAUCAGGGUUAUUUAUUCAUUCACCAUGUGUCUUCAAUUCAUCUACUAACAAUGCUUAACUCGAUGUUGUAUCAUGCUUUAAAUCUUUUUUAGCUUAGCCUAUAGGGAAAACUAAAAAAAUAAGGACACUUGUUAAUUCCCAUCCAACUUACUGAUGUAAGUGAUGGUUUUGUGGUCCGACUUACAAAACCUACAAACUGGAAUUCAGCCACAAGUAGUGUUUGUUCUAUGACACGCUGUAACCCAACAGUUUCAUGGCUACAGUCACACUAGGGAAAAUAGAAAUGUAUUGCAACUAUCUGCAAUGAACUUGCAAUUGUGUUGCCUUUGAGAUGGUUGCUUUGAAAAUGGGGACCAGGUCUGCAACUACUCGCAAUCAGCUGGUGUGUUCAAAGCAACUUUGUGAGUGACCGAGCCAAUCUGGGAUCAGUUUGGGUCAAGAAGGAAAUCAUGCGCAAUUUGUUUGUGAUAAUACAGAGAUAAACUGUGAAAAAUUGGUGAAAGACUCAAAUCUGUUGCCACAAAAAUAUUUAUUCUCAUUCUGGAUGGUGGUGCCAUCCAGAACGAGAAUCUGUUGGGGCUUUGGAGGUGUUGGCAUCAUAUCAGGGCUCUCCAAAUUAUCCAAUGCAGGGUGUGAAAUAUGGGGGAAAAAAACUGAGGGGAAUGUUUUGGGGUUUUUUUUCCAAUGAAAAAUAAUCCAGGAACCACCUAUUUACUCUGAACCCUGUCAGAGUAUUUAUUAUUUAUUUAUACCUGUCGAUGUAAUUUAGUGAAUUCAGAACUUAAAACACCACAUGGCAACCUGCGCAGCCACCUUGCUAGAAGUUUAGUAUGUUCAACACUCAGCCUCUGGGUCUCCACUUGGUUGCUGACAGAAAAAUAAUUAAACCCAAUCACCGGUGACCACAGA